AUGUGGUACCUGCUCCAGUGGAGAAUUCUGGGAUGGGCUCUUUGGCAGACUGUUGUGACUGCGUCGUUCACGCCUCUCCUUCCUCCGGCUUAUCCACUUGCUGUUCGCAAUCCAUACCUGUCUACGUGGCUCCCUGGGAACUUGGCACCGAACCUGCCUUCCGGCUCAUCCCAGUUCUGGUAUGGAAAUAAUCUGACAUGGUCGGUCAUUGUCCGGGUGGAUGGCCAAGCAUAUAGUCUUUUCGGCGUCUCCGAUAGACUGGAAGGCAUUGAGGCUGCUACCGUCACGGGUGGUAGCUUUACCUCGACGCAUAGCACCUUCAUGCUGACUGCUGGGUCUGAGAAUUUUACGUUGGAAUUCUUCUCGCCCGUUUCCCCGACCAACCUCUUACGCCAGUCCCUGCCAUUCUCCUAUCUCACAGUCUCGGUCGGUAGCGUGUCCAGGAAUAGCUCUGUGCAGAUCUAUUCAGACAUCGAUGCAUCCUGGACCGGCCAGCCUGAUGACGCCGCAUGGGGGUUCUCGACCAAUAACUCCACCUCCUUGUUUCACCUGAGCCCUGUGAGAGGGGCGACAUUCUCCGAAAAUACCCAGAACCAAGCUCUCUGGGGCGAAGUCGUGUACGCCACCCGUGCUCAGAGUGUAAAUGCUCUCUCUUCUGCCUCCGGAUCACUGGCUACUAUUCGGUCUCAAUUCGUCAAGAACGGACUCCUCAGCAACUCGAACGCAAAUUGGUCGUCUGAUGGCGUUGUCGCAUUUGCUCACGACUUGGGAACAGUAAGAAGAAAGGCCUCAGUCACUUUCGCCAUCGGCCAUGUGCGCGAGCAAGCCAUCAAUUACCUCGGAAAGGCGCAGACCGGGUACUAUCGAGCCAUUUAUCCCAGCACCAUGUGCGCCGUCUCCCAUUUCCUCGACGAUUACUCAGAUGCAGCGGAUGAGGCAACAAAGCUGGACGGUCUCAUCCAACAGGGCGGAGAGUCAUCACACGGUACCAACUACUCCGAUAUACUUGCUCUCUCCGUCCGUCAGGUCUAUGGGGGGCUUGAGCUCACGAUCCCCAGUGACACCCUUGAUACGACGGAUGUGAGGGCGUUUAUCAAGGAAAUAUCCAGUGACGGAAAUAUCAAUACUGUCGAUGUUAUCUACGCAGCAUUUCCGAUCUUCUACAUCCUCAACCCCGACUAUAUCCGUUUUUUGCUCAGACCCGUCUUUGAGUACAUGGCCAACUCAGCCUAUACCAAGCCUUACGCCGUUCAUGAUCUCGGCACCAACUACCCCAAUGCCACCGGCCACGACCCCAGCGGCGAGGAUAUGCCCAUCGAGGAGAGCGGAAACAUCCUCAUCAUGACCUACGCCUACGAACAGGCCACCAACAAAACCGACAUCUCCAUUCCCUACUCCUCCACCCUAAAGCAAUGCGCCCAAUACCUCACGACCCACGGAAAAUACCCAGAAGCCCAACUCUCUCUCAACGACGCGCUCGGCAAGUUAGCCAACCAAACCAACCUAGCCAUGAAAGCCGCCAGCGGCCUAGCAUCCUACGGCCACCUGACCUCACAACAAAACUACACCGACGCCGGCAGAUCUAUCGCCAACGCGCUAUACAUUGGCCGACUAGGCACUGACCCCAACGGCGCCUACUUCACAAUCCAGUACGGGAAACCGGACUCCUGGUUCCUCGUAUACAACCAUUACGCAGACGUCCUGUUCGCCCUCGAUCUCUUCCCCGAGGAAGCCUACAGCGCCACGUCUGCCUUCUACCCCACCGUGCGCAAACCGGCAGGGGUCGCGCUGGGCGCGGACCUCGACUGGGGCCAGACGAACUGGCAGGGCUUUGUGGCUGCUGCUGUCACCGGUGAUGCACGGAACAUGUUCAUUGCGGAUAUGCAUGCCUACAUUGCGAACACGCUUAACGACGCCCCCUUUUCAGACCGUUAUUGGGUGACUGAUACUGCAGCGGGACCGGUGGCUGGACAGUACUUCUCUUUCCGGGCCAGACCUGCUGUGGGAAGUCACUUUGCUUUGAUGGCUCUGCAGGGGGCGAAUCAGUGGUCGAGCAGUGGGUGAUUUUUUG